AUGGGUGCCGAAUCACGUGCGAUAGUCAACCUGCAGGCUGCUGCCUCGCCCAUCCCUCACUUCGCCUGCACCCGCUCCCUCGACAUCAUGGGCGACUUCACUCCCGUGCCAGAAGGGCGCGAGAGGAUUUUCGCAUUCGCCAAAUUCAACCUCGAUGCACUCCUUUCUCUUGCUACACAGCUUCGAGGCAGCAGGCCAUGCACCACAGACGUGUCAAAGAGACCGAAAACCGGAAGUUUGAAUUGGGUCAUCUUCAUCACCUUUGACCAUGAGAUCGAAUGGGUCUUUCGCUCCCCGCGCCGCAGCAUGAGCAUCAAGACCGAAUCGCAUUACAAGAUGAUCAUCAGUGAAGCUUGUACCUUGAAGUAUCUGGGGAAGCACAGCUCGGCCCCGGUCCCAGAAGUCUACUCCUUCAGUGGCUCUCACGACAACGAGAUUGGGGUGCCUUAUAUUCUCAUGAGCAAGGCUUCCGGCCGCGCCCUUUCUGAGUAUGACUGGUCCGAGGCAUCUCGAAUACCGGGCUAUACGCUGCGGACCCCACUCCUGCCCCUGACAGACCGAAACCGAGAGAAAAUAAUGGGCCAGCUCAGAGGGAUCAUGUCAUUACUUUCGGAGAUUCAUUUUGACAAAAUUGGGUCAUUAUUCGAAGCCCAAGACGGCAGCAGCGACUGCUCUGUUGGCGAGUGCCUGAAUCCAUCGCUCUUCUGGGAAAAGAGGGAUACGCUUGAAGGCAUUGACCCGAGCUGGGCCAGUUACAAAGCAGCAGUAGACAGGUGGGAAGAUUUUUACCUGCUUGGGGAGGGAGCCGAAGGCAGCAAAAAUCGGCUAUCAUACUGUCUCGCCGGCGAGUUCCUGCGCGAGAUGAUCCCUUCUCUCACCUCUCACGCCUCUCAGAGUCGGGGGUUUGCCCCUUGUCAUCCCGACCUACACACUGGCAAUAUAUUUGUGGAUGAAAACUUCAAUGUGACAUCCAUCAUCGAUUGGGGUUCGGCGUACGCAGGCCCUCUAUCCGAGCUGCUCGCCACUCCGGGCCUCAGCGGCUCGAUCUCACCACCGGGAGAAUCGAUUGUUGCUGCCUUCCGGGCAGGCUUCGGCCAGGGAGGGAAACGGUCGAACCGGAGCUAUUACACGCUCUUUAAAACCUUGUUCGAGCUUGCGCACGAGGACGGAUCGGACGAUAUUCCCCGGAUGUUUCACCAGAGGAGCAUGCAGGAGCAUGGGAAAGAACUGCUGGCUAAGCUGCGAGAGGAUGCCGAGGGGGAAGAAACGGAGGAGGACGAGUCUGAAGAGGAGGAAGGUGGUCCUAAGAUGAAGACUGAGAGGAUUGCCGUUGCGAGAAAGCUGAUGUUGAUGUCGGAAACGAAUCCGAAUUUUGUGGCGGACAAGAGGUUGUGGCGAUGGCUCGGGGAUGCACUGGACAAGGCAGACUUUGAAUAG